CAGAAAAGAGGUAAGUGAAGUCGAAUUAGGAGAUGCUUCAAGUUUGACUGCUGGCGUUUUGCAGUAUUUUCCGUUAAGAUUUCCCUUACCUCUUAUUGCGUAUGCAUACUUACAAAUGAUAAAUCCAAAUAAGAUGAAGUCUGCGUUCAUUGUAUACCGGUUUCAUA